CUAUCAGAUGUGUUCGUUUUUGUGUACGGAAGUGAUCAGCAGGUUGUAAGGUCAGGGGGUAAAGGCUAGACCUCUUUCGAUUGAGAAUACUCACAGCCAUCUUGGAUCUAACGAAGCGAAGGGAAAUUGAUGCGGUGACAAAAGGCAUGUUUGGUGCUAGAAAGAAAUUUGUAGAGUUCGUUGACGUUGUCGAUAACGACUUUACCGAUGAAAGCAUGUACUACAACCAGCCGACGAUGUUUCCACAUCGGUCGGAUAAAGAUAUGCUGUCCUCUCCCUCACCAUCGUCAUCGGGUCAGCUGUCGCAGCUCGGUGCGAGUUUAUAUGGUCCACAAAGUGCACUCGGCUUCUCAGUAAGAGGCAUGGGAAACAACACACCUCAGUUAAACCGAAGUCUAACGCAAGGGUCGCAGCUACCGAGUCAUAUCACCCCCACAACAGGAGUCCCCACCAUGUCUCUCCAUACCCCACCAUCACCAAGCAGGGGGACGUUACCGAUGAAUUCGAGGAACGUGCUGAAUCACUCUCAGGUCGGUCAAGGCAUUGGGAUAAGCGGCAGGACCAACAGCAUGGGCAGCUCGGGGCUGGGAAGCCCCAACCGUAGCUCACCCAGUAUCAUCUGUAUGCCCAAACAGCAGCCAGCACGCCAGCCCUUUACCAUAAACAGCAUGUCAGGAUUUGGGAUGAACCGCAAUCAAGCUUUCAUGAACAACUCAUUAUCAAGCAACAUCUUCAACGGCACAGAUGGGAGUGAAAAUGUAACAGGACUGGAUUUGUCAGACUUCCCUGCAUUAGCAGAUAGGAGUCGGAGAGAAGGGACCGGAAACCCUACACCAGUUCUCAACCCACUGACUGGACGAGCGCCUUAUGUUGGCAUGGUGACAAAGCCAUCAACUGAGCAGACACAGGAUUUCUCCAUCCACAAUGAGGACUUCCCUGCACUGCCUGGGCCAAACUAUAAGGAUCCCACGUUGAACAACGAUGACAGCAAAACUAACUUGAACUCCACAAACAAGAGCACAUCCAAUGCAGAUGGGCCCAAGUUUCCCGGAGACAAGACGGCCUCAGCACAGAACAACAACCAGAAGAAAGGGAUUCAGGUGUUGCCUGAUGGUCGGGUGACGAACAUUCCCGCAGGAAUGGUGACGGAUCAAUUUGGCAUGAUUGGCCUACUGACGUUUAUCCGGGCAGCAGAGACUGAUCCGGGGAUGGUCCAUCUGGCGUUAGGAAGUGACCUCACAACACUGGGACUCAACUUAAACUCACCAGAAAACUUGUACCCCAAGUUUGCCUCUCCUUGGGCUUCCGCACCUUGUCGACCUCAAGACAUCGACUUCCAUGUUCCAUCGGAGUAUUUAACAAAUAUCCACAUAAGGGACAAGUUGGCUGCCAUCAAACUGUCUCGAUACGGUGAAGACCUGUUGUUCUACCUGUACUACAUGAAUGGAGGAGAUCUGCUACAGCUUCUGGCAGCAGUGGAGCUCUUUAACCGGGACUGGAGGUACCACAAAGAGGAACGGGUUUGGAUAACUAGGGCACCUGGCAUGGAGCCUACACUGAAGACUAACACCUAUGAGAGGGGUACCUACUACUUUUUUGAUUGUCUUAACUGGAGGAAAGUAGCCAAGGAAUUUCAUCUGGAGUACGACAAGCUGGAAGAGAGGCCUCACGUGCCAACAACAUUCAACUACAACCCAGCCCAGCAGGCCUUCUAAGGCCCAACCAGUCCAAAGGCCGCAGCUGUUCCUGUACACGACACCGUUGUCCAGGAGGGACGAGGAGGUCCACACAGCUUGGUUUUUUUUAUUCCUCGAGGAUUUGGCUCUUUGACUGUAGGGGUCAUCACCACCAUUAAAACUGCCCUGCAUUUUCAAAUUUACAAGCUGCCCCAAAACACCAACGAAUGUUUUGUUUUUAUUCUUCAUGUUCCUCCUGUUUUUGUUUUUUUUGUUUUUUUUUCCUCUCUUGUUUUGAGCAGGGUCUGUGUUAUGUUUACGUCUCUGAAUCUGAAGCCUGUUUUUUCUCUGAAAGGAGGACUGACCUUGUGGCACAGGGCAGUGACAGAACAAAGGUUAUUCUUUGUAUUUAUACCAAGUGUUAACUGAAUUAAAGACGGGGAAAAGAAACGUUGACAUCCUAGGAAGCAAGUUAAAGGGUGAAAGAAAUGCAAUGUUUAUUGUUGCACUAUAUUUAGUAAUAAAAGAACACAAAAUUUGUUUGUCCUUUUUUUAUGUGAACACCCCCUGAUAAUUUCUCCCCCUCUUUUCUAUUGUUAUUUGCUUUUCUUUUGUUGUUGAUGUUUUGAGUCAGGGAGCUCAUGCAAUUCUCCCACAUCUAUACGUUUCACCUUUUUAGCCUCCCUCCUUUCAAUUUACAUUCAUCCUUCCACCCUGUUUUUGCGUCACCAAACCUUUUCUGUCACAUACAGUUUCUUCGUCUCUCUGUGACGUCUGUGCUGCCCAAACAUGGACACAAAUGUAGGAGACUACUUUGAUGGAGAAGUCCUCAGAGGCUGAACAUCUACACGACUUUGCUCCAGAGCAAACAGAACUCUUUCCAGUCUUUGUUACAAUUUUGUAAGAAAUGUGUACAUUUUUUUUCUUUGCAUCACAUAAAUUAGUAUAUGUAUGUACGAAUGUGUAUAUAUGAUUGCUACAUAUAUGUAUGUGUGUGUGUGUAUAUAUAUAUAUAUAUACAUAUAUAUAUAUAUGACAUUUAUUUUGGAAGAAAUUUUGCCCUGACUUGUACCUUGUUUUUAUGAGGUAAGCAUGGAUGCAAUAUGUGGAUGCGACAGGAGUUUUCGGGAUCUGCUGGACAGGGUGUCACAUGACACUGGGCACUUGCAUCAAACUAAAAAAUAUUAAAAUGUCACAUGAGGAAAGGCCUGAAUCUAAGCCCCACCAUUAAAAAAUUAAAUAAACCUAGAGAUCAUUAUCAUCCCCUGAAUUUCGACUCAAACACAACCAAAAGGAUGCAUUUCAUUUUAAGCUGAUUGAACAGUGGUGGACAGCAGCAUUUCAUAGCAAACGGAAAAAAGACAUGAGGAAAAAAAACAAAAAAACAGACCAAUCUUGUAUUUUCUGAAUUUAAAAUCUUAAUUUCUUUGUAUUAAAGCAGAAAAAGGCUUUCCUGAA